AUGAAGCUCCAGCUAAUUGCAUUUGUCCUAAUCCUCUGGAUUGAAACACUGGCAGAUCAGAGCCCAGGGCCAGGCCCCGAGUAUGCAGAUGUGGUGUUUCUGGUGGACAGCUCUGAUGACCUGGGGAUUAAAUCCUUCCCAUUUGUGAGAACUUUCCUCAACAAGCUGAUCAGCAGCCUCCCCAUCGAGGCCGACAAGUACCGUGUGGCCCUGGCUCAGUACAGCGAUGCUCUCUACAACGAGUUCCAGCUGGGCACCUUCAAGAACAGGAACCCCAUGCUGAACCACCUGAAGAAGAACUUCGGGUUCAUCGGUGGGUCCCUGAAGAUAGGGAACGCCCUGCGAGAGGCUCACAGGACCUAUUUCUCUGCAUCCACAAAUGGAAGAGACAAGAAACAGUUCCCCCCAAUCCUGGUGGUGCUGGCUUCAGCCGAGUCUGAGGAUGAUGUGGAAGAGGCUUCGAAAGCCCUGCGGGAAGAUGGGGUGAAAGUCAUCUCGGUGGGGGUGAAGAAGGCUUCUGAGGAAAACCUGAAGGCCAUGGCCACAGCCCAGUUCCACUUCAACCUCAGGACUGUCAGAGACCUCAGUUUGUUUGCCCCAAACAUGACGCAGAUCAUCAAGGACGUGACUAAGUACAGGGAAGGAACAGCUGUGACCCUUCUCACACCUGAAGCCCCAACUACACCUGAAGCCCCAGCCACACCUGAAGCCCCAGCCACACCUGAAGCCCCAGCCACACCUGAAGCCCCAGCCACAGCUGCAACCAAUGCUGAUAAGACAGUUCCCUUUCCCAUAUCCUGUCAGAAAGACUCCCUGGCUGACAUUAUAUUCUUGGUGGACGAGUCAGUGGGGACCACAGAAAAUCUGAGGGACCUGCAGAACUUCCUGGAGAAUGUCACCAGCUCUGUGGAUGUGAAGGACAAUUGCAUGCGACUUGGACUGAUGAGCUACAGUGACAAGGUUCAGACUAUUUCUUCCCUGAAGUCGAGUACCAACCAGUCUGAAUUCCAGCAGCAAAUCCGAAAACUCUCCCUCCGGACUGGGGGGUCUAAAGUUGGGGCUGCCAUUGAGCAGAUGAGAAGAGAAGGCUUCUCCGAGUCUGGUGGCAGCAGAAAGGCACAGGGGGUCCCUCAGAUUGCUGUGCUGGUCACCAACAGACCAUCAGAUGAUGCCGUGAGGGAUGCUGCACUCGACCUUCGCUUGGAUGGUGUAACUAUGUUUGCUCUGGGUGUCCAAGGGGCCAACAGCACACAGUUAGAAGACAUAGUAUCCUACCCUUCUGAGCAGAGCAUUUCCACACACAGCUCCUACAGACAGCUGGAAUCGUACAGUAGGAACUUCCUGAAGAAGAUCCACAAUGAAGUCUGGACCCAAGUUUCCACCCAUGCUGAACAAAUGGAACUUGAUAAAACUGGCUGUGUGGACACAAAGGAGGCUGAUAUCUAUUUCCUCAUUGAUGGCUCGACCAGCAUCCGCAAGAGAGAGUUUGAGCAAAUCCAGACAUUUAUGUCGUCUGUGGUAGACAUGUUUCCCAUUGGUCCCAACAAAGUCCGAGUUGGCGUCGUGCAGUACUCACAUAAGAAUGAAGUGGAAUUCCCCAUCUCUCUCUACGUGGAUGCCAUUGCCUUGAAGAAGGCUAUUUUCAACAUCAAGCAACUCAAAGGCCGUACCCUCACUGGGAAAGCCCUGGAUUUCAUACUGCCGAUAAUCAAGACGGGGAAAUCGGAGAGGACGGAUGAAAUUCCCUGUUACCUCAUUGUACUGACUGACGGGAAGUCAGAAGACAGCGUUCUAGAACCUGCCGACAGACUCAGGGCUGAACGCGUCACCAUUCACGCGGUGGGGAUUGGCGAGGCGAACAGAACCCAGCUGCAACAAAUUGCCGGCAACGACGAAAGGGUUAAUUUUGGGCAGAAUUUUGAUUCUCUAAAGAACAUAAAAAAUGAAAUUGUUCACAGAAUCUGCUCUGAAAAAGGAUGUGAAGACAUGAAGGCUGACAUCAUGUUUUUAGUGGACAGUUCUGGAAGCAUAGGGCCUACAAAUUUUGAGACAAUGAAAACCUUCAUGAAAAACCUGGUGGGGAAGAUUCAAAUUGGUGCCAAUAAAACCCAAGUGGGUGUUGUUCAGUUCAGUGAUUAUAACAGGGAAGAAUUCCAGCUUAAUACAUUCUUCACACACAAAGAAAUUUAUGCCGCAAUAGACAGGAUGUCACCCAUCAACAGAAACACUUUGACUGGAAGUGCGCUUACCUUUGUAAAGGACUACUUUGACCUUGCCAAGGGGGGCCGUCCCCAGGUCAGAAAGUUUCUCAUCCUCCUCACAGAUGGAGAAGCCCAAGAUAAAGUAGGGGGUCCCGCCAUGGCUCUCAGGAACAAAAGUGUGACCAUCUUUUCUGUGGGUGUGUACGGUGCCAAUAGGGCUGAGCUGGAGGAAAUCAGUGGGGAUGGCAGCCUGGUUUUCCAUGUUGAGAACUUUGAUCAUCUGGAGGCGAUAGAGAGUAAGCUCGUGUUCCGUGUGUGCGCUCUACAUGAUUGCAAGAGGAUCGAACUCUUAGACAUUGUGUUUGUGCUGGACCAUUCAGGCAGCAUAGGACCACAAGAACAAGAAAGCAUGAUUAACCUCACCAUCCACUUGGUGAAGAAGGCGGAUGUUGGCAGGGACCGAGUCCAGUUUGGAGCUCUCAAAUAUUCCAACAAUCCAGAGAUCCUUUUCUAUCUUAACACAUACUCAAGCAAAUCGGGCAUCAUUGAGCACCUGAGGAGGACCAGGGACACAGGAGGGGACACCUACACUGCCAAGGCUCUUGAGCACUCCAACAUCCUGUUCACAGAGGAGCAUGGCAGCCGCCUGAAGCAAAAUGUGAGACAGCUGAUGAUUGUCAUCACAGAUGGUGUGUCCCACGAUCGACAUAAACUCAACGACACAGCAUGGAGACUAAGGGACAAAGGCAUCACCAUCUUCGCAGUAGGUGUAGGAAAUGCCAACCAAGAUGAACUGGAGACCAUGGCAGGGAAGAAAGAAAAUACUAUCCAUGUAGACAACUUUGACAAGCUGAGAGAUAUUUACCUGCCUCUGCAAGAAACUCUGUGCAAUAAUUCACAAGAGACCUGUAACCUUCAGGAAGCAGAUGUGAUUUUCCUUUGUGAUGGCUCUGACAUGGUGUCUGAUUCAGAGUUUGUUACCAUGACAACUUUCUUGUCAGAUUUAAUUGAUAAUUUUGACAUUCAGUCUCAGAGAAUGAAAAUCGGGAUGGCUCAAUACGGGAGCCGGUACCAGGAAAUCAUUGAGUUGGAGAGCUCUCUGAACAAGACUCAGUGGAAGUCUCGCAUCCAAACCAUGGCCAAGAGCAAGGGGUUUCCACGAAUUGACUUUGCUCUUAAGCAUGUGAGCCACAUGUUUCAUCCCUCCGUUGGCGGGAGGAAGAAUGCUGGUGUCCCUCAAAUGUUGGUUGUCAUCACCUCUGGUUAUCCUCGCUAUGAUGUGGCAGAUGCAGUUAAAGUCCUGAAAGACCUUGGCAUCUGUGUCCUGGCUUUGGGCAUAGGAGAUGUUUAUAAGGAACAACUUCUGCCCAUCACAGGCAAUCCAGAAAAAAUCAUUGCUUUCCAAGACUUUAAUAGACUGAAGAGUGUGGAUGUGAAGAAAAGAAUGGUCCGUGAAAUCUGCCAGAGCUGCGGGAAAGCUAAUUGCUUUGUGGACGUAGUGAUCGGGUUUGACAUUUCCACCCACCAUGAGGGCCAGCCUUUGUUCCAGGGCCAUCCCCGCUUAGAAUCAUACCUCCCAAACAUCUUAGAGGACAUCACCUCUAUCAGAGGGGUGAGCUGUGGAGCAGGUGCAGAGGCACAGGUGAGCCUGGCCUUUAAGGUGAACAAUGACCAAGAGUUCCCCGCCAAGUUCCAAAUCUACCAGAAAGCAGUGUUUGACAGCUUGCUGCAAGUCACCGUCCGUGGGCCAACUCAUCUGAACGCACAGCUCUUGCAGUCACUGUGGGACGUGUUUGAAGAGAAAUCUGCAUCCAGGGGCCAGGUGAUGCUUAUCUUCUCAGAUGGUCUCCAGGGCGAGAGCAUCACCACACUGGAACAGCAGUCAGACAGGCUCAGAGAAGCAGGACUUGAUGCUCUGUUGGUGGUGUCCCUUAAUGCAUUAGCUCAGGAUGAGUUUUCCAGCUUUGAAUUUGGAAAAGGAUUUGACUACAGGACUCACCUGACCAUUGGAAUGACAGACCUGGGCAAGAAGCUUUCACAGUAUCUGGGAAACAUCGCAGAGAGGGCUUGUUGCUGCACAUUUUGUAAAUGUCCGGGGAUUCCAGGACCUCAUGGAACCCGGGGACUCCAAGCCUCAAAGGGUUCUUCAGGCCUGAAAGGCGGCAGAGGAUACAGAGGAGAGGAUGGAGACCCUGGAAGACGAGGAGAAAUUGGACCUCAAGGAGAUAGAGGGAUCAUCGGGUGUCCGGGGACUCGAGGUCAGAAGGGAGUGAAAGGAUUUGCUGGAGCUCAGGGAGAACACGGAGAACAUGGGCUUGAUGGACUGGAUGGAGAAGACGGAUUUUAUGGACUUCGUGGGAUGAAGGGAGAAAAAGGUGACCUUGGCUCUCAGGGCAGCCCAGGUUCCAGAGGUGCCCCUGGAGAAGAUGGAGAGAAGGGCUUCCCAGGGGAUCCCGGUAACCCAGGACGAGACAGCACCAUCAAAGGCCAGAAGGGCCACAAAGGAGAUCAAGGAACACAAAACUGGGUGGAAGGGACACAAGGCAGUCCUAGCUCCAGAGGAAGCAGGGGAAUGGAAGGUCGGAGGGGACUCCGGGGUCCUUCGGGGGAAGCAGGAAACCCGGGGCCUCAAGGUGCACAGGGACCAGAAGGACUGCAAGGUCCACAGGGGUCCAGUGGAAAUCCUGGCGAGAAAGGAGAAAAAGGAGAUCAAGGGCACCAGGGGCCUCAGGGUGCUCCUGGGCCAGCAGGAUCUAGGGGGAGCAUUGGAAGACCUGGGCUUUGGGGGAGAAAGGGGGAACCUGGAGUUCCUGGAGGCCCAGGACCAGUAGGACCCCCUGGCCAGCGAGGAGAACGGGGAGAUCAUGGCAUCCCAGGCUAUGGCCAGAUGGGAAGACAAGGAGUGAAGGGCCCAACAGGAUUCCCUGGGGACCCAGGGCAGAAGGGUGAUGCUGGAGAUCCUGGAGUUCCUGGGGGGCCUGGACCCAAAGGAUUCAAGGGACUGACACUCUCUCAAGGCUUGAAAGGCGAGAGUGGGCUUCAGGGUUCUCAAGGCCCCCCCGGACGGAGAGGUCCUAAAGGCACAGCAGGGCAGCCCAUGUAUUCCCCCUGUGAUCUGAUGCAGUUCCUGUGGAACCAUAGUUCCUGCUGGAAAGAAAAGUGCCCCGUGUAUCCAACAGAGCUGGUAUUUGCCCUGGACCAGUCCUCUGGUAUCACAGAAAGGAGAUUCAAUGAAACAAGAGAUACCAUCAGUUCCAUUGUCAGGGACCUCAACAUCAGGGAAAAUAACUGUCCUGUAGGAGCGAGGGUUGCCGUGGUUUCCUAUGACUCAGAUACCAGUUACCUCAUCCGUGGGUCUGACUACCGGAACAAGAAACAUCUCCUUCAGCUCCUUUCCCAGAUAAAAUACCAAGUCCCCCAGAAAGCCAGGGACAUUGGCAACGCAAUGAGGUUUGUGGCCCGCAAUGUUUUCAAGCGGACAUCUUCGGGAACCAAUGUCAGGAGAGUUGCAGUGUUCUUCAGUAAUGGCCAGUCAGCCAGUAGAGGGGCCAUCCUCACGGCCACCAUGGAGUUCAGUGCCCUGGACAUCAGCCUUGCAGUCUUUGCUUAUAACGAAAGAGUUUUCCUUGAUGAUGCUUUUGGGUUUGAUGACACUGGGACAUUUCAAGUGAUUCCGGUUCCUCCGGUUGGGAAUUAUGAGCCCCUGGAAAGACUUCGGCGCUGCACACUUUGCUAUGACAAGUGUUUUCCAAAUACUUGUGCAGAAGAGACUUCCUUUCCUGAAAAUUCAUACAUGGAUGUAGCAUUCCUCUUAGACAAUUCCCAUAAUAUAGCCAAAGACGACUUCCAAGCCAUGAAAGCUUUGGUGAGCUCAGCGAUCAAUGGCUUCCACAUCACUUCAAACCCUUCAGCCUCGGGCUCUGGUGACAGAAUUGCUUUGCUGAGCUAUUCUCCCUCAGAGAGUUCCAGAAAGAAGAGCAGGGUGAAGACAGAGUUUGAGUUUACAACCUACGACCACCAAUCCAUCAUGAAGGACUACAUCCACACUUCCCUCCAACAACUAAAUGGAGAUGCCACCAUUGGUCUUGGCCUACAGUGGGCCAUGGAGGGUCUCUUCCCAGGAACCCCCAAUCCAAGAAAACACAAGGUCAUCAUUGUGAUUUCAGCUGGAGAGAAUCAUGAGGAGAAGGAAUUUGUGAAGACUGUGGCUUUGAGGGCCAAAUGUCAAGGCUAUGUCAUAUUUGUGGUUUCUCUGGGCUCCACACAAACAGAUGAGAUGGAACAAUUAGCCAGCUACCCACAUGAUCACCAUCUGAUACAGCUUGGGAGAAUGCACAAGCCAGAUCUGAAUUAUAUUGUAAAGUUUCUGAAGCCAUUUGUAUACUUUGUCAGACGUGGAUUCAAUCAGUACCCACCGCCGAUGCUGGAGGGUGACUGCAGGCGUCUCGGUGUAGAGAGGGGAGAUGUGCUGCUCAGCAGCCUCCGAUUGACUACCGAGUUGCAUGAGGUUUCUGCAAUCGAGAACAGCCUUCUUGGCCAAGAGCUGAGUGCUGGGACAGACUCAUCUUUUAUGUUGGAGGAUGAUAGAGGUGACCAUUUGGUUUAUAUUCCAAACCAAAUGCUAGAGCCACAUACGCUAGUCACUCACUAUGGAGACGAUCAUGGAUCUGAAGCAAUGGCAAGUCUCACUUCCGAACAUGAAAAUCAUGGCAGAAAAGAACUGGGUCUUGCUGAUGAGCCUGAGGAUGCUUCUCUUCAAGAAUAUUACAUGGAUGUGGCUUUCCUCAUAGAUGCUUCUCAGAGAGUAGGAAAUGAUUUGUUUAAGGAAGUGAGAGCUCUUAUAACUUCAGUACUGGAUUACUUUUACAUCGCCCCAGAUCCACUGACCUCUGUCUUAGGAGACAGAGUGGCUGUCCUGACCUACUCUCCUCCAGGCUACCUGCCAAACUCUGAGGAAUGCCCAGUCUACCUGGAAUUUGAUUUGGUCACUUAUCACAGUGUACACCAAAUGAAGCACCAUCUCCAAGAGUCUCUUAAGCAGCUCAAUGGAGAUGUUUUUAUCGGCCACGCCCUUCAGUGGACAAUUGACAAUGUCUUUGUAGGGACCCCCAAUCUGAGGAAAAACAAAGUUAUCUUUAUAAUAUCUGCGGGUGAAACCAGUUCUUUAGACAAAGAAGUCUUAAGGAAUGCAUCUCUGAGAGCCAAGUGCCAAGGCUACUCCAUCUUUGUAUUUUCCUUUGGUCCUGUACAUAAUGACAUGGAGUUAGAAGAAUUAGCGAGCCAGCCCCUGGAUCAUCACUUGGUGCAGCUUGGCCGGAUACACAAGCCAGAUUUGGACUAUAUCAUUAAGUUUGUCAAGCCCUUUGUUCAUUCAAUCAGACGUGCUAUCAACAAAUACCCUACCACAGACCUGCAAGCCAAGUGUGCUAACACCACCUUCCCCAGCACAGAGAAGGCUGGCACAGAAGACAGUUUACUCCUCAUCCCAGAGGUAUACAAAAUCGAGGCAGGAGACAGUGAGCUGUUUGGAGACUCCCAUCCCCAGGAGCAGCAUUUCUUUGUACUAGGGGACAAUCAUAGUAACGAUUCGGGGAUCACUGCUGAUUUGAUCCAGAAGUUGUACGCGCUCUUCUCCUCUGGAGAACUGAUGGUGAAUGACAAGGAAGAGCCACAUUUGGAAGAAGCUGCAGCUCCAGCGAAUGACAAACAAGAUGGCGAGGAUGCAAGAUGAGCGCCCAGGAGAGAAGAGUGCCCGCUGGCAUACGGGGCUCCCUGCGGUGGUCCCAGCCACAAAGUAUCAAUCAUUUAUUAAAAGAGCAAGGCGUGGGAACUAGAACUAAACUUAGUUCUCAGUCCGAAGUCUGAGGGAGAGCUCUUCAGAAUAGACAUCAAGGAGCAGACCUUCGGAAAUAGAAAUGGGCUUCAUCUCUCAGCAGGACUGGGACACUGAGCAAGAAGAAGUGGCAGUCUUUCCUGUGACAGCCCCGUUCAUUCAUUUGAUCAGCUUGGAAGAUGAUCUGCCAAAAGAAGAUUGUUGUCAUAGCUGUCGUUACAUCUACGUCUCAAAUUAGACCCUUGAGUAAAACCAUUUGUAAUUGAAUGUCCUAGGGUUGCCUUUUCCCUGUUUAUACAACUAUAAAUCAGCAGUUUGGGUUCUAGUAGGACCCAGAGAAUACAUCCAGCAUCAACAACCCCCUCUGUGGGUUUUUUCUUUACCAGGGCAUUUACAAAGCAACACAUUCAUAACAAAGAAGAAGAGAGAGGGCUGCUUUAUGAACCGCUCGCUCACGCUGGGAACACUUGUUUUCUAUUUUAGUGUGCUUUGCUUUGUGCGUACUUGGGUUUUGCUGCAAAAGACACCCUGUCAGCAUGUGAACAUGGCAACAGAUCUGUUCUUAUGAAUUACAACGCAGCAAAAACAGUUUCUAAAAGAAACCGGGUCUGACCCAGAAA